AUGGAGUUCGACCCAGUCAACCGUGAUGUACCUGCACCCCGAUACGAGCUAGAGUCGGGCUCAGAAGACGAGUGGGAGCAUAAUGUUAACGAGUCGCAACAUCCAUACACCCUCGUUGCUGCAGAUGACGCUUUGCCUCAAGGUUCGCAGCUGACUGUACUGGUUGGCAGCGCAGGCGCCAAGAUGCUAUCCUCGCUGGCAGGUGGCGUUCCCUCACAGCAACUAUCUUUGCAGAGCGAAUCAGAACAGCAUGCAGCAAUUGCCGUUGCAAGUUCCAGCACUGGUAGCCCGAUCACCAUAGCUCUGGUAGUACCUCCUCCACAACUGCGCUCAUCUCGCUUUCAUGAUCUUGCUCAUCAGAUAAUCGAAGCAACAAAUCCAUCAAAGAUUGUCAUCGUUGACUCGUAUAGCCCACAAGAGCAAAUCUACCGCGAUCUCGAUUCGCAAGACGACGCUGAUUGCGAAGCACCGAUUCGAUACCUGGCAUCACCCAGCUAUACUGCGAGCCAUACCAUCGACUCAAAGAGGAUGACACCCCUGCGAGCACCUGAAUCGGCGGGCGGGAUUGGCGCUGCAUUCCUGUCCAAGGCGGUGAUCAGCAACAUUCCUGCCAUUCUCGCGCUGCUUGAGGAUGUAAGUUUCCAAUCUCACAUUCAGCUGUACGGAUCCCUUGGUGCGGGUCAGCCAUCACCGGCAAUCAGCGAGACCUUGAGUGCCUUGACCGGUCUCGACGGUGGCAAACCAGUAGCAUCCAAGGGUUCAACCCUGCUUGACUUUGUAGCAUCUCGAAGGGUUAAGCCAGCAGCUAAUUUGGCUGUGUUAGGAGACGGCAACAUGUAUAUUUGA